ACUAUGCCAGCCUUUAAAAGUCCACUGUCCUUUUUAUUGAAGACAAGCAUCUUAAUGUUUUAAUAAGACAUGGAGCAAGCACAUGUGACACUGCCUUGGAAGCACAUUUGCAAUUAAAGACCAAUGGAGAUGGAUGAAAGUUUGAUUAGGGAAUGAAAAUUUCCAUAAGAGGAGAGAUAUGGACAUGAAAAGAAGGUAGAGCAACGGUAUAUAGAGAAGAAAAAGUGAAUGAUAAAAGCAAAGGGCCACAUGUUGAUGAAGCCACACUUUUGUUCCCAGUUGUUAAAUGUAUAAAAGGCCAUAUUGAAAUGGAGCUAAGCCAGAACCUUGGCGGAGUCCUCCGUCCAGGCUCAGCCACUCUCCGGGUGACUGAUUUGAGGUGGCAAGGUCUCUUGAAUCCCAGCCCACUGAUUAAAGAUGAUGGAGAGUUACUUAUGGAUGAAUACCUUUCCCCCAGUAAACUGAAAGCACUGACAGGGGUAGAUGAUCUGCAGCGAGUGAGGGCUCUAGAGAUGCGUGUGGACACGAGAGAGAACAGCUUGGGAAACUUUGGUACCUAUCUCCCUAAUCUGAGACAGCUGAAAUUGAACCACAGUUUACUUGUAUCUGUGAGGGACCUUGGAACCUCAUUAUCUCAUCUCCAAGUAUUGUGGAUGGCUCGCUGUGGACUCACAGACUUAGAUGGUAUCUCUUCGUGCAGCUCUUUGAAGGAACUCUAUAUAGCCUAUAACAAUAUUUCUGACCUGAGCCAAGUGAGCUUGCUGGAUCAUCUUGAGAUUCUGGACCUGGAAGGAAACAAUAUUGAGGACAUCAACCAGAUUCAGUACCUGGGACUCUGCGGCAAACUGAGCAGUCUCACAGUGGAGGGGAAUCUUAUUUGCCUGAAGCCAAACCCAGAGUCUUCAGAGGUACCAGAUUAUAAUUACAGAGCUGAAGUGAAAAAACUCAUCCCACACUUAAAGUAUUUGGAUGAAAUACCAGCAAAUCAAAUCACCAUCCCUCUCUCCAGGAAAAUGAACAAAGAUUGGCUAAUUGUCAAGGAGUCUAUUAAGGAAGGCAGUUUAUCUAAAGACAUUUCUGGCUUAGAUUCUUAUCCAGAGACGACAAGAAGAAGACCUGGCUCCAGUCCGAGACCUACCACUACUCACUUCAUGUCCGCUUCCAGACCAUGGACUGCACAGAGGCCAGCUAGUGCAGAGAAAUCUAGCAAUGUCCCUUUGCUGUCCAGUGGUAGCACCCUUGCAGAAUCCACUUUCUCUAAUGAGAUAUUCCUAGAGGAUGACUCCAGUGACUUGACACAUGGAAUCAGCCGCGUUAUAUGUGGGAAUCCUAUCAAAGCCCUUCAUGCACGGAGACAAAAGCUAGGUUCUGUAGCAGUGAACCCUUUCCAAAUGCCUGGUCCCAAGUUGGAGCACAGCUUUGACUCUGAGGAAGCUGAAGAUCCAAGCCGGGAAGAUGUCUUUACUGAUUUGAAGGCAUGGAGAGAACAGCAUAACCAGUGUCUGAAAAUCAUUCAGAUGGAGGAGCCCCAGGUGCUGAAGAUACACAGUGAUGAGGAAGAAGCAGAGGAGGAAGAAUGCAGCCUGAGUGACGGCUGUGAGGAUGAGCUGAGAGAAACUUUCGAUGAGGAUCUCAUUGAAAGUGUUUCACCAGAUUCCUCCUGCCAGUCCCGUCUUUCCCAGUCCUCCUCAGAUUCAUCACAUGCCCAAGAAAAUGUGUUGCCCACCAGUCUGAAUCGCUCUAUGGUACCUUCUCCUCCAAAGAGCCCCUCACCUGCAUCUAAGCUGGGCGUUGCAGCUAGAACCUCAAAAGUAAGAGACAUCAGGGUUAGACGUCUGAAAGUGCCCAACCAAAAAGAUGCAGCUCAACUGAAGGACUAUUCCCAAUCAAGAGUUAGCACAAAAACAGCAGCCCAGCUUGUAGGUGAAGAAAUUGCUAUUCUGAGUCUGCACAGUGCACCUACAACAUGUGAAGCAUCGCCAUUGACAGCUGAAGGGACCUAUUGGACCAGUGAGACUGUUGGCAGGCAAACCAGGAGGUCAAUUUCAGGACCAGCAGCUGUUGGAUCAACAAGUGUCAGAGCCACUGUGGAUAGGAGUGCCCCCAAAGUGAUCAGUCAUCACCUGCCAGUUGUCUGCUCCUCCACAAAAACCUUGGAGAGGUUUGCGCCGAAGAAUGUGAUCCACCACCCCCUGACUGCCAGGACUGCCCUGCAAAAGCUUCCAAGCAGGCCCAGCGUCUCAACAGCUGCUCAAAUUAAGAUGCCAAAGUCAUAGGGAAUACCCCAUGUAGCCAUAUAUUUUGGAGCCAAGUCGGACCAGACCCACAGUGCUCAGUUGGAGUUUGGGUUCGCCUCACCUAGCACCAGCAGCACUGAUGCUGUAUUUUGACUUCUCGAGAGAGCUGGAUAUGUUGAGAGAGCUGCACAAGCGGAGUUGUUUGAAGUAACAGCUAGAUUAGUCUCAGUUACAGCUGGUCGGAAAUGCCUUUUCAAAAAGCACCCUCUUAUCAACUCAACAGUUGAUUAGCUUUUUAUUAAAUAAAAAGCAGCUAUCUGUAUAGUCUUUGUGUGCUGCAAGAGACAAGAGUUGGCACACUUGGUUUCUCUGCAUUAAUCCCCAUCUAUAUUACUAGGGAGCCUGCAGUGACACAAGAAAGGGAAAGUUUACAGUCCUUAGACUCAGUGCUGGACAGCUGGCACCAAAGGGCCCUUGGUUUUCCCUCUUGCAUCCAGCCUGCAAACUGAUGGACCCAACAGCCUGCUGUCAUCUAAACAGGCUCACGUUCUUUGGAUCCUAAAUGUUCAACACACAAGUGAAACAAUUGAGAGUGGAGGGGAUUGCUGCAAAGACCAGUAACAAUGAUUGUAUUGUAGAUGAGCAUGCAUGUUCCCUUCUCACCUAGAAGAGCAGAAAUCCAAUAUGCGGGAAGUCUAACUGAUUUUAGCACCAAUUCUCUCGCUGACAUUUACCACUUCAGUCUGUUUGUAACCUCAACUAGAAGGCUAUGGGAAGGAAUACUGAAGAUACAACUCAUUGGAACAUUAGUGUGUCAACCUGAUGUGUCUCUGCUCUGACAGAACUCUCACCACUUCCCCAGGACUGAUGGCUAGAUAUCUCAGGUCUGAAUUUCACCCAGCGAUCUUGCACAAAAGGGGGGUUUUGCGCAAAAAGGCGCUGUCUACACAGCGC